AUGCCUCGCCUCAGCUUCCUCUCCUGCCUCCUCAAGCCCCUCUCGCUCCUCCCCCGCGGGCCCUCCCACGCCGCCUAUGCCGCCGCACUCGCCCUCGUCGUCAUUCAGCUACGCCUUUUCCCCUCGGCCUCCAUCACCAUCUCCGAGUUCCUCAAGCUGCUACUCUCGUCCCUCUUCUUUUACAAUGAGUGCCGCGUUCGUGCUGCCGAUGGAACACCCCCGUCCUCUCGAGGGACCCGUGCGUCGUCGUACGCCCCCAUCUCCGGCGCCGAAUCCUCCGUGACAGGCACGCGAGAUAGCCUCGAGGAGAAGAGGGCUGAAGAGGGAACUCGUUCCGAUUUUCAAGAGGAUCACGGGCUUGGAGCGAACCAAAGAGACAGGUCGGUGUCGAUGUUGGCCCCGAGAGCGUACUGGGCCUACGUUCGGGGCGAGUUGACGACCGACGUGCGGUAUGGAUUCUGUAAGCUAGCGCUCUUUUACGUGCUCAUCAACAACCUAAUCUUCGUCAUCUACAAAGUCGCCGACCCCGGCACCAUCCAGCUCACCAGGAGCGGCGUAACCUUCAUCACUGCCCUCGUCAUGACCGCCACCCUCGGCACCAACAUCUCCAAGCUGCAGUGGAUCGCCAUCGUCUUCCAGGUAUGCGGCCUCGCGACCACGCAGUACGAUCCCCAAAAGGGCACGACCUACCCCCUCGGCACCUACCUCCUCCUCUUCUUCCAAGUCUUCCUCGGCGCCGCCGCCGGCGUGUACAACCAGGCCCUCCUCAAGGCCGACGGCGCGAGCCUGCACGCCGGCAACAUGACGCUUUACCUCGCCGGCGUCGUCGUCAACUUGGCCUCCCACGUCGUCGUGCGCGCCUUCAAAAGCGACGAGCCCGGCUUCCUUGACGGCUACAACUCCUUUGGCGCCGUCAUGGUCAUUGUCAAUAAUGUCUUGAUCGGCCUAGCCAUCACUGCCGUCUACAAGUACGCGGACGCCAUCAUCAAGUGCUUCGCCUCGGCCAUUGCUACCGCCAUCCUGCUCUACGUCUCUCCCCUCCUCUUCGACGCCCCCAUGGGCGGUCUCCUCAUCCCCGGAACCCUCAUCGUCUUUGUCGCAUCCUGGCUCUACAUGGACAACCCACCGCCCAAGAGCCCCCAACCCGAUCAGACCUCCCCGGCGAAACCAAGGACCCUCCUUCAAAAGUUUGCCGCCGUCCUCCGACUCCACAACAAGACCGUCCUCGCAUCCGCAACCUUUGUCACCAUCACCGUCGUCGCCUUCGUCACCAUGCUCGACGCCAAGCUCCCCAACACCCAUCUUCCACCCGCACCCGCGCUCCCCGCCGCCGCCGCCGCCGCCGCCGCCGCCGCUCCCACCGACCAAGACCCCUCCGCCCUCAUACAAUCCCCCUUCCAAAACACCCUCGCCCUCCACGACGACGCCUACACCGCCUACGCCCAAGUCGCCCGCACCAUGAAACUCCUCCUCGACCACCACCCCGACGACGUCUCCGGCCUCCUCUACUACCACUUCGACGCCUGGAUCCACCCCCUCGCCUUCUCCUCCUCCUCCUCCGGCCUCGACCCGUCCCACAUCUGGUUCCCCGACACCCUCGAUGUCGCCCCGCCCGACGGCGGCGGACCCAACUUCAUGUGCAUGAACGACACCGCCGACUACAACUGGUGGGGCUGGUCCUCGGACAUCCACAAGGCCGCCCUCGUCGCCGCCGACGUCGUCGCCAACCUCCCUUCUUCCCACGAUGACAAGGGCGACAACGACGCCCGCCCCACCUACUCCGUCAUCCCCGGCGAGUGGUGCGUCGGCUGGAGCGACAUCUACUACAUCCCCCGCCGCUUCUUCCCCGACUUCAUCCUCCUCGCCCGCAUCUUCGCCUCCUUUGGCGUCUUCCACGAAGUCGCCCUCCCCACCAUCGCCACCAUCAUCGACCGCUCCCGCCGCGCCAACCCUCACGUCCCCGUCCUCGACCGCCUCGCCGACUGCUGGGGUUCCUGCUGCGCCGAGCACCCCUCCGCCCGCGACGUCCUCUGGCGCCGCUGCGGCCACCGCCUCGACUUUAGGGACUCCGCCGUCGCCGACGUCUUCUUCGACGCCCUCGAUAGGCAGGCCUCGUGGCUCGGCAAGCGGUGGGGGCCCCCGCGCGCCCGACGCCCGAGGGUUUCGACGAUGCGUGGUUCGACAACGUCGUGCUUGCAAAUCUCGGCGACCACCCAUUCUAAGGCAGCCCUUUUGUCACGGCUUUCGUAUGAUUUAUGA